UAGCCAAUAAGGAUCUUUCCCUCCAGAUGGUGAGUGACGUCAGACUCAGUGGGUUUAGUCAUCAGUAAUGGUUCAUUCAGGACUCUGAAGCUUUUGUACUCUAUUUAUCUCAGCACAGAGGACUCAGGGUGGGAAACUCAGACAAGCUCUAAACUCAUACUGACUUACAAAGACAUGACGCGAGUCCCAUCUGUUACAUCUGGAGUCCGGGUAGUGAUAGAAGAAAAGACAUAACAUGAAAAUUUUUGAACAAUUUAACAAUAUAUUCCAUCCAAUAAAAUCUUCAGUGUAAAAAUUUAAAUUAUCGAUAAAAUGAACUACCACAUUAGUGAAAUAAAUUUUUUACCCUCAGCAAUGGCUAAAUAGUACAGUUGCUGUUCUAUUAUAGGUGGAUUCCUUACAAGAUAUAUUCAAUAACAAUGUAGAUUAUCAGGAUUAUUAGAAUAGUGUUGAAAUAUGAGAUUUGAGAUGAGAUCUACAAAAACCUCAGAAUUACAAAUGAAGAUUUUUAAAUCAUGUUAUUACGACCUGUUGAUAAGGAAUAACAGCAAAAAUGUGACACCUUGUAUUGAAAGUGUAUAUUAAGUGUGUGCAGGAAGAAGGGUAGCGCCCUCAGGGACAAUAUAGGAGACAGUGUAAAGUCGUCUCAAACGAUUAGCCUGUAGGAUAUAUUAGCAUGUGAGUAGGCACACUUCUAUUGUUUCUGACUCAAUCUUUCAAUAGUCAGAGUGUGGGAAAUCUCAGGAGGGAAGCCUCACAGUCUAUCGUCAUCAAUGUCUUAAACUCCACCACACACUGGAUAUUUGGGUGCACAAAUGGGAGUAGACACACUUAUUCACUUAUGAGGGUGAACGUUACCACACAGUUUUCCUGGUGACAUUAGCAGAGAAUCUGUAUAAACAUACUAAAAAGUGCAUUAGAAAGCAAUUAGAAUAGCUAAAGAUAAUACAAACAGUGAUGCAGACAAAAGUAGAGAUAAUAUUACUGUAAAGCUUGGCUUUAGCUAUAGGUUUAACAGAAAACUAUGGGUGAGAACCAGUGAUUAUCUUUGGAUAUAUAUUACGGUGGUUUUGCUUUUAAAAAUUAAUCUAACUUAACAAAUAACACAGCAUAUAUCCCAUUAUAUCCCAUUAAAAUAAAUGUUGACUCCACACGUGUGAGCAGUGAUGAUGAGCGUGUGCUCUGUCAGUGACAUUGAUCCCAACACCAGGCAGCAGAUCUGCUCUCUUUACAGGGUCACUACUUUCCCAGAUUCACACAGUGUUCUGUGAAUCCAUCUCCAUCACCCCACCCCUCCACCUGCUCCCCUGAGACAUGGACAUUGUCCACUGCUAGAAGAACACUGAGCAUGUGGCAGCCCUACAUUCCUCAUUGUGUGUCCAAGCUCUCCCAUUGGCUCCAAACUGUGAGAAACUCCAACAAGCCCAAGACCCACACAUUCAUAUGGAGAUUUGGGAGUAUAAAUAGAGGAGAUGCAGCCAGUACAAAUCACACUCUCUACACAGAGAGAUCUACAGCACAGAGACACAGCCAUGGCACCAACCAUCACUUCUGCAAUGACCAUCUCAAAUGAGCACCUACCUCUAAACAACAAGCUGAGGAAGCCGAUGGUGGAGAAGAUGCGCAGAGAUCGUAUUAACAGCAGCAUUGAGCAGCUGAAGUCUCUCCUGGCUCCAGAGUUCCUCAACCAGCAGCCUGACUCCAAACUGGAGAAAGCAGAUAUCCUGGACAUGACAGUCAGCUUAUUGAGACAACUGCAGCAGCAGCCUGCAUUAUCCUGCAGUUCAGCAGCUGUCAAUCAAGGCUUCUCCAGAUGUGUCCAUGAGGUUGCCCACUUCCUGUCCAAAGAAGAGGUGAAGACACAGAGUCAGAGAAAACUGCUGAACCACAUCCAGAACCUGCAGCCAUCUUCAUACGAGAAGAGGAGGGAAAGUGUCCUGCCUCAGCUGAGCUCUACAGAGCAGCAGAUCAUCAGCAAAGACAAGAAUGCAGUUAAGAGCUCCCUCUGGAGGCCCUGGUAAAGGGAAGAUCAAGACUAAAAAUGAAAAGCUGGAAACACAAGUCUAUGUGGACUGUUUGGUUUUCUUUCAAUUUCUAUGUGAGCAGGAUUAUAACUGAGUUGUUAAAACUUAACAUUUUAUUAUUGUUUUAUGAUCUAUACCUUUCUAUUUUGAGAAAGAUUCUGAAUGAAGAUGCUUGUAGACUCCAGUUAGGAGCAAUGUCAAGAUCUGCAGUCUUGACAAUGCAUGUUUAUGUUAAUAUAAAUAAUCUUGAUUCAUUGUUUUAAAUUCACAAAACGUCCUUUACAAUGCUGUUUCCAUUUUAGGAGAAACACUGAAUGUAUUAUUCUAUAUUAGAUCUAAUAUUUGUAUUAUCUUUUUGAAUUGACAAAAUUCUGUUGGUUUUUGAUCAAGCCUGAUCACAUUUUAGUGAGCUGGUUGGCCAAUUUUACUGGAAAAUACAGUAUUAUGUAUUUUCUGGUUAAAUACACUAUAUUUCUAUAUUGAAGUAGAAAAUAUAUAAACAUUAAAUGCCUUCUAUGAAGAUGAUCACAUUCUGGUUAAUACAGAAUUAUUCAGUUUUAAUUUUCCAUUUAUUUGAAAUGGGAUUAUAGUGUUUAUCAAUAUGUUGCAUGUUGAUUGCCUAUUUCUCAUACAAUUUGAGAAAUUUUACGUUUUUUCCCCCCUUAGCCAAUGUUUAUUUUGUACCUUUUGCAUGGUACUAUUAAUUAUGAAACAUGCAUUUUGCCCUUGACAGUAUCUGUUGAGACACUUUCUAUUUAAUUCCCAUUUAUUUAUUUCUUUUGUGAAAUAUCAUCUUGAUCUGUUCAUAUUUAACAGACUUUAGUUGUUGGAAAGGUUUCCUGUGUCUUUUGUAAAGACAAAUUGUUUAAACUUUGCUCUAUUAUGAGCACCAUGUGUGUUGAAGAAUUGUUCAAGUGACUGUUGUGAUACAUUAUCACAUAUUAUAUUACCUUAACUCUAACACAAAAGUGCACCAGAAAUAAAAAUGAAAAUAAA